GAAGGUUAUAUUUAAAGUAAAGAAAGUCUGUACUUUUGCAACCUUGGGUGAUGUGGAUGUGAAGUCAGCAGCAUGGAUCAGUGUGAGGACAGAGAGGAGGGUGUCCCUCUCUCUAAAACCACUCUGUGUGGGGAACAUGAGAGCCAGACCGAAGCUCAGAGGAACCAGCCUGGACCUGAACCCAGUUGUGUGUCCUUAAGGAGUGACUGGUCUGAAGAGCGCCUCAUUCAUUUUAAAGGAAACCAGCGGUCUGCUGCAGAGAGGAUCUAUGAGAGACCUGAAUCUGGAGGAGCUGAACCCAGCUGUGUGUCUUUAAAGAGUGACUGGUCUGAAGAGCGCCUCAUUCACUUUAGAGAACACCAACCAUCUGCUGAAGAGAGGAUCUAUGAGAGACCUGCUGAACCUGGAGCUGAACCCAGCUGUGUGUCUUUAAAGAGUGACUGGUCUGAAGAGCGCCUCAUUCACUUUAAAGGACAUCAACCAUUUGCUGCAGAAAGAGUCGACUGGGAGAGCUCAGAGGUUCCCAGUGGUCAGUCUGCCCAGCAGCAUCAAACAUGUCUGGAAAAUAUAUUUAUGCGGCUGGAGGACAACAUCAUCACUUUUGUGAAGAUGGAGCUGAAGAAAAUCCAGAGACUUUUGAGUCCAGACAACCCAGAAUGUUCAGAGAAAAAGCAGGGAGGUGGGACCUUGGACAGUAAAGAUGAAGAAGAGCAGAUGAGGAGUGGGAGAGGGGCUAUUCUGAAGAUUGCAGUGCAGUUCCUGAAGAGAAUGAAGCAGGAGGAUCUGGCUGAGCGUCUAUGGAACCAAGUGCUUUCUCCACUUUGUGAAUGUGAACUUAAAUCGAACCUGAAGAAGAAGUUCCAGUGUGUGUUUGAGGGGAUUGCUAAAGCAGGAAACCCAACCCUUCUGAAUCAGAUCUACACAGAGCUUUUCAUCACAGAGGGAGGGACUCCAGAGCUCAGUGAUGAGCAUGAGGUUAGACAGAUUGAAACAGUAUCCAGGAAAUCAGACAGACCAGAAACAACAAUCAGACAAGAAGACAUAUUUAAAGCCUCAACUGCAAGUAAUCAAACAGUAAGAACAGUGCUGACAAAAGGAGUGGCUGGCAUUGGGAAAACAGUCUUAACACAGAAGUUCACUCUGGACUGGGCUGAAGAAAAAGCAAACCAGGAUAUCCAGUUCAUAUUUCCAUUCACUUUCAGAGAGCUGAAUGUGCUGAAAGAGGAAAAGUUCAGCUUGGUGGAACUUGUUCAUCACUUCUUUACUGAAACCAAAGAAGCAGGAAUCUGCAGCUUUGAAGACUUCCAGGUUGUGUUCAUCUUUGAUGGUCUGGAUGAGUGUCGACCUCCUCUGGACUUCAACAAAAUUAAACUUCUGAGUGACCCUAGAAAGUCCUCCUCAGUGGAUGUGCUGCUGAUAAACCUCAUCAGUGGGAAUCUGCUUCCCUCUGCUCGCCUCUGGAUAACCACACGACCUGCAGCAGCCAAUCAGAUCCCUCCACAAUGUGUUGAUUUGGUGACAGAUGUCAGAGGGUUUACUGAUCCACAGAAGGAGGAGUACUUCAGGAAGAGAUUCAGUGAUGAGGGGCAAGCCAGGAGGAUCAUUUCCCACAUCAAGACAUCACGAAGCCUACACAUCAUGUGCCACAUCCCAGUCUUCUGCUGGAUCACUGCUACAGUUCUGGAGGAUGUGCUGAAAACCAGAGAGGGAGGAGAGCUACCCACAACCCUGACUGAGAUGUACAUCCACUUCCUGGUGGUUCAGGCCAAAGUCAAGAAGGUCAAGUAUGAUGGAGGAACUGAGACAGAUCCACACUGGAGUCCAGAGAGCAGGACGAUGAUUGAGUCACUGGGAAAACUGGCUUUUGAUCAGCUGCAGAAAGGAAACCUGAUCUUCUAUGAAUCAGACCUGACAGAGUGUGGCAUCGAUAUCAGAGCAGCCUCAGUGUACUCAGGAGUGUUCACACAGAUCUUUAAAGAGGAGAGAGGACUGUACCAGUACAAGGUGUACUGCUUCAUCCAUCUGAGUGUUCAGGAGUUUCUGGCUGCUCUUCAUGUCCAUCUGACCUUCAUCAACUCUGGAGUCAAUCUGCUGGAAGAGGAACAACCAACAACAACCAUGUUGUCUAAAUUAUUUAACAAACCAAAACUCCAGUAUAUCCACCAGAGUGCUGUGGAGAAGGCCUUACAGAGUCCAAAUGGACACCUGGACUUGUUCCUCCGCUUCCUCCUGGGUCUUUCACUGCAGACCAAUCAGAAUCUUCUACGAGGUCUGUUGACAGAAGCAGGAAGUAAGUGGUCAAACAAUCAGGUAACAGUCCAGUACAUCAAGAAGAAAAUUAGAAAGAAUCUGUCUGCAGAGAAAAGCAUCAAUCUUUUCCACUGUCUGAAUGAACUGAAGGAUUGUUCUCUAGUGGAGGAGAUCCAACAGUCCUUGAAAUCAGGGCAUCUCUCCACAGACAAACUGUCUCCUGCACAGUGGUCAGCUUUGGUCUUCAUCUUACUGUCAUCAGAAAAAGAUCUGGACAUGUUUGACAUGAAGAAAUACUCUGCUUCAGAGGAGGCUCUUCUGAAGCUGCUUCCAGUGGUCAAAGCAUCCAACAAAGCUCUAUUGAGAGGCUGUAACCUCACAGAGAAAAGCUGUGAAGCUCUCUCCUCAGUUUUCAACUCACAGUCCUCUAGCCUGAGAGAGUUGGACCUGAGUAACAAUGACCUGCGGGAUUCCGGAGUGAAGCUUCUGUCCACUGGACUAAAGAGUCCACACUGUAUGCUGGAAACUCUCAGACUGAAUGUAUGUAAUCUGUCCGAGAGAACCUGUGAAGUGCUGUCCUUAUUACGCAGUUCCCAGUUCUCUAGACUGAGACAACUGGACCUAAGUAACAAUGACCUGCAGGAUUCAGGACUGAAGCUUCUAUCUGCUGGACUGGAGAGUCCAGAUUGUACUAUGGAAACUCUCAGGCUGUCAGGCUGUUUGAUCAAAGAGGAAGGCUGUACUUCUCUGGCUUCAGCUCUGAGCUCUAACCCCUCUCAUUUGAAGGAGUUGGAUCUGAGCUACAAUCAUCCAGGAGACUCAGGAAUGAAGAUGCUUUCAGCUGGACUGAAGGAUCCACAAUGGAGACUGGGCACUCUCAGGGUGGAGCCUGCUGGAGUCCGAUGGUUGACACCAGGAGUCAUCAUCAAAGUGUCAAUCAAUAAACAGAUGAUGGAUCAAUAA